GUUCGGCCGGCCAGCGAGGCUUCGAACGUCAUCACCACGCGCCUCAAUAGGCUCUUCACCAAAAUCUUCCUGAUCACUCGACACACACCUCGAAACCUAGACACGUGACGUCACAUCCCUGCCGUUAACUCAACAUGAAUCCGCUGACGAAGGUGAAGCUCAUCAACGAGCUGAACGAGCGGGAGGCGGACCUCGGCGUGAAGGAGUCGGUGUCCUGGCACACGGAGUAUAAAGACAGCGCCUGGAUCUUUGUAGGAGGAUUUCCGUUCGAGCUGACUGAAGGUGACAUCAUCUGCGUGUUCUCUCAGUACGGAGAGGUGGUCAACAUCAACCUGGUGAGGGACAAGAAGACGGGGAAGUCCAAAGGUUUCUGCUUCAUCUGCUACGAGGACCAGCGCAGCACCAUCCUCGCUGUGGACAACUUCAACGGCAUCAAGAUUAAAGGUCGGACCAUUCGUGUGGAUCACGUUAAAGACUAUCGUCCUCCCAAAGACUUCGAGGACAUCGAUGACAUCACCAAGAAUCUGAGGGACGAGGGCUGUGCUCCCAAAGCCACCAGGUCGACCUCCUCUUCCUCCUCUUCCUCCGAGGAAGACGAGCAGUACGUCAUCCCUGUGAAGAAGCUGAAGAAAGACAAGAAAGAGAAGAAGAAAGAGAAGAAGAAAAAGAAGAAGAAGAAGGCAGAGCAGGAGAGAGGGGGCGGAGUGUCCUCCUCUGCCUCGCCUCCUCUUCAUCGUACUCCUCCCGCUGUCAGAGUCAAAGAGGAAAAGGAGGACAAUGCCUACGACAAGUACAACCAGAGGGGGGCGCCGCCAGGAGGACAACUGAAUGGACAGAGAGGGGGGGAGGAGGCAGAGAGGAGGAGAAAUCAUGAGAGGGAAGGAGAGAGAGAGGAAGACAGGCAAAGAGAGACAGACAGAGACAACAGAAGAGAGGAAGACAGACGAAGGGAGACGGACAGAGACUACAAAAGAGAGAGAGAGGAAGACAGACAAAGGGAGACGGACAGAGACUACAAAAGAGAGAGAGAGGGAGACAGACAAAGGGAGACAGACAGAGACGACAGAAGAGAGAGAGAGGGAGACAGACGAAGGGAGACAGACAGAGACGACAGAAGAGAGGGAGACAGAGACAACAGAAGAGAGGGAGACAGACGAAGGGAGACGGACAGAGACUACAAAAGAGAGAGAGAGGGAGACAGACAAAGGGAGACAGACAGAGACGACAGAAGAGAGAGAGAGGGAGACAGACGAAGGGAGACAGACAGAGACGACAGAAGAGAGGGAGACAGAGACAACAGGAGAGAGGGAGACAGAGACAACAGGAGAGAGAGACAGACGGACAGAGCUGGUGAGCCAAGGAAAGAGACAGACCGGGACAGAGACAGCAGAAGAGACAGACGAUGAUAGAAGACAGAUGGUGAAGAGAGAGAGACAGUGACGGAAAAAGAAACAGAUUUGUUUGUUUCCUUCAGUUUAGAACAAUUUUCUUGUUGGAUUAAAUUUUCUAAUAAAACCUUUUGUUAGAAAAUUUAAUCCAACAAGAAAAUUGUUCUAAACUGAAGGAAACAAACAAAUCUGUUUCUUUUUCGUUUGUUUCCUUCAGUUUAGAACAAUUUUCUUGAAUGAGAUGAGAUUAAAUUUUCUAAUAAAACCUUUUGACUCGA